AUGAAGUUGUCCUUCUCUAAACUCCUCGUCGUCGCCCUCGCUUCGACUGAGGCCGUGGCUGCCAGCACUUGGUUCAGUAAGGCCGUGUACAACAAAUGGCACGAGACCGAGCUCGAGCGUUGGCUUUCUGACCAUGAUGUUCCCUAUCCCAGUCCCGCCGAUAGGAAGGACCUGGAGAAUCUUGUCAAAGACAACUGGCAAGCCAAGGUGGCUGAUCCGGUCUCUUCAGCAGGGGACAAGGCCACUGAUCACUAUGGUACCGUUAAAGAUUGGAUCUUCGACAGCUGGACCGACUCCUCAUUGAAAGCCUUCCUCGAUUACCACAAGAUUCCUGCUCCCCAACCACGUACCAGAGACAGUCUUUUGACCACUGUCCGUCAGAAUUACGACACCGCGGCAAAGAAGCUGGGUGAAUAUGCCUCCUACCCGGGCGAUUGGUUGUACCAGUCAUGGUCUGAGUCCGAUCUCAAGGAAUGGCUUGACGAACGUGGCAUCCCAGUUCCUCAACCUUCAACUCGUGACAAGCUCAUCGCGAAGGUCCGUCGCCAUGCCCGGCAGGCGUCUUCCAGCGCCUCAAAUCUUGCAUCUGCAGCCAGCGCAUCCUACUCAAGUGGAAUCUCCCACGCUACCAAAUCUGCAGCAAGCGCUCAAGCUAGUCUAACCGACGCUCUCUUCGAUGCUUGGUCCGACAGCCAAUUGAAAGACUUCCUAGACUCCCACGGAGUUCCUGUCCCUCAAGGCAGCAAGAAGAAUGAGCUCAUCGCUUUGGCACGCAAGCACCGUGCACAGGCUGAGAAAUCGGCGUCGUCCCUCUCUGGAUCGGCGGCUUCUGCAUAUGGUGCUGCUACAUCGUCGGCCGGUAAUCAAUUCGCGAAAGCCACCGACGAUGUUUCUCUCAAGGCCGAAGACGCGUUUCAUAAGGCCAUCGAUUCCUGGUCCGACUCGCGCCUAAAGGCCUACCUGGAUUCGCGAGGCGUUCCGGUUCCUCAGGGCAGCAAGCGUGAUGAGCUCUUGAAGCAAGUUCGCCUGAACAAGCACAAGGCCGCCACCGGAUGGUCUGCGUGGACUUUUGACACUUGGACUCUUGAGAACCUCAAGAACUAUGUGGCAGCCAACGGCAAGAAGGCAAAGAAGAAUGCGAAUGCCAGCCGUCAAGAGCUGCUCAAGCAGGCCCAAGACUCUUACGCUUCAGCAUCUAAGGCUGGUGGCUCCAACUACGCCUCUAUCACCAAUUACCUUGCCAAGCAAACUGAUGCUGCGAAGGAUACGGCUUUUGACACCUGGUCUGAUAGCGACUUGAAGGAUUAUCUCGACAGCUACGGUGUUCCUAACUACCAAGGCUCCACUACCAAUGAACUCCGAGCUGAGGCCAAGAAGCAAGCCAACUAUUUCAGAUACGGUUCCUCGUCGCCCUCAGAGACUAUCUACGAACGAAUUAAGAGUGGUCUGCAAUGGAUUCUUGGACAGGCUCAGGGCUCAGCUUCUUCAGCAUCUGCAACUGUCUCUGCUUCUGGAAGCUCAGCCGCCAGUGCUGCUUCCAAGACUGCUUCCAAGAGCGCCUCGUCUGCUUCCAAGGUGGCAUCCAAGAGCGCCUCCAGUGCGAAGGCGGAACUGUAA